CACACACUCAUUCACGGUGCCACCCCCAAUCCUGUCCCGCAGGUGUUCACAGUGUAUUUUGAGAACGUGAAUGCCGCUUGCAUGACGAAGGGGCGAAGCAUCAUCGUGAUGGUCGACAAUGCUUCAGGCCACACCUUGAAGACUCCUCUGGCCACAACUGCCGACAUCUGUGGCUUCCGGACAUGCGCACUGUCGCACGUCCGUCUCGUCUACCUGCCGCCCAACACCAGACCUUCCACCCAGCCUCUAGACUAGGGGAUCAUGGCCGCUCUGAAGGCAAAGUACAAGACUCACCUUCUGCGUGCUGUGCUAAACGAGUGGGCGAAGCUGGGCAUGAUGGUGGAGCAGCUGCUGGGGUUCAAGCCCGAGAUGACACGAGUGAUCGAUUACAUCUCGGACUCCACGACUGGGAUCGAGACGAGCACGAUCCAGAAGUGUUUUUGGCGCACCGUAAUGCUGCCGCCCAGAGAGAAGUCUUUGUUGCCGCUCCUUGCCGAGCUGCCAUUCGAUGAUGUGCACCUGCUGGACGAAGACAUUCGCGAGGUGCAGUCCCCCAUUAAUGCACCGCCGUUCGGCUUGCCUGGCAACAUUGAGACUGCCGUCCAGUUCGUGUACGCUGACCACGACGAGGCGACUGGCGAGGCUGGCGGGAACGACACGCUCGAGACGGAGCCGCAGGCGCCAUUGGUCCGAGACUCCUGGUGGCCCUCCGCGCCUCCCUCUCCCCACCCCGACGCUUCCGUUCGCGACCAUCGGGGCAUGACUCGUCUCGCGACGGAAAUGCUCAUAGCCUACUCUAGGAGCCUCCAACUCGCCCCGUGGGACCUGAGUAUUCUCUUCGACAUGCGCGACCUCCUUGUUUGCGACCGCUUGGAGCGCGUGUCUUCCCGUCUCGACAUCGGCGCCACAAGGGCGGAUGUUGACAAACAGUACUGCGCGCAUGUGCUCGGGGCCUCCGCUUUGAUGACGGGCUACCCCGACGCCAGUGAAUGGAUGAUGUUCGGGGGGUCUCACACGCCAUGGCGCCCACCUCCCCCUGCUUGACUGUUUCUGGGCUUUGAUGAUUUGUCAACGCUUGUGUGCUCCUGUUCGUUUGACUGUGGUUUGUUUUGUAAUGUUUACUCUUCUUGUUUGCCAUAACAGUUUGUA